GCUGAUCUGUGGUUAGAUGAAUUAAGUCUCUGUUGGCAACGUCUCUCUCUCUCUCUCUCUCUCUCUCUCAACUUGGUAAGAAUUUAAAAAUUUCUAUAACAAAUGUAUUUUUCUAGUCUUACACUGACAAUGUCAUUCCAAUUGUCUCUUGAGAGUCAAAUGUCAAUUACAGGAAUCCAUCUUCAUCCUUCUCACCUUUUGGAAAUUGGAGUGGACACGCUCCCCCUGUUGUGUCUGUUCACCAACAGCAAGAAGGCUUACUCAAGCACUGAGCUGUAAACUUCUUCUAGUUAUUUUGGUAAACUGCACAGUCACCUGAGAUUUAGCCAGCUGACACUGGAUGUCACCAUUGUGCCAUGUAAUGUCGCUGCAGAACAGUGCUAAUACAGAACUCCUUUCAGUUUACAAACCACAUAAUUAUAACAUCAAGGAGGUUAGUUUUGUCCAACUGAUUUGGGCUGGGCUUCACAAUGACAGCAGUAACAGUGACCACGACAGUUCCCCUGAAGGGGAAGAUAGAAGAUAAUUCUGCCUCGUAUGAGUCCACGUCAGCUCACAUUAUUGAAGAAACCGAAUAUGUGAAAAAGAUUCGAACUACUCUGGAAAAGAUCCAAAAUCAAAUAUUUAAAGAUGAAGUACGACAUAAUAGUACAAAUCACAAACAAGAUGCAAAGCACUGUCGACACGUUCAAAAUGGCUUUGACUCUGAAAUGGACCCCUCUUGUUGCAGUUUGGAUCUGCUCAUGGAAAGGAUAAAAGGAAAAGACCUACAGCUCUUAGAAAUGAACAAAGAGAAUGAAGUGUUGAAAAUCAAGCUCGAAGCCUCCAGAGAAGCAGGAGCAGUGGCUCUGAGAAAUGUGGCCCAGAGAUUAUUUGAAAACUAUCAAACACAGUCUAAAGAAGUUAGAAAGAAGCAUGAGGACAGUAGACACUUACUCCAGGUUAACACACUUGAAAAAGAACAGAAAUUGAAGCAACAUGUUGAAAAUCUGAAUCAAAUUGCUGAAAAGCUUGAAGAAAGACAUAAUCAAAUCACAGAACUGGAGAACCUUGUACAGAGAAUGGAACAGGAAAAGAGGACACUGCUAGAAAAAAAACUGUCUUUGGAAAACAAGCUGCUGCAUCUCAAAUCCAACGCUACAUAUGCUCAAAGUUGCCAGGAUCUUCAAAAGGAGAUUUCCCUCCUCCAGGAGCAGAUCUCUCAUCUGCAGUCUGUGAUUCACUCCCAGCACCAGAGCCUGCGCAGUGUCAUCCAGGAGAUGGAAGGCUUAAAAAAUAAUUUAAAAGAACAAGAUAAAAGAAUUGAAGAUCUGAAAGAAAAAGUUAACAUACUUGAAGCCCAGAACAAAGAACUAAAAACCAAGGUGGCACUUUGGUCUGAAAUUCCUAGGCCGAAGGUAUCCAAGGCCAUCUCUACAAGUGAAUUGAAGACUGAAAGCAUGACCCCAUAUUUGAUGUUGGUUAGGCUACGGAAAUGAGGCGCCUGGCUGAAGAUCUGAAUGAGAAAGACCACUACCUGCGUCUUACUUACUCCUUGAAACACAGUCUAAAUUUACAUAUUAAAACUGCUCAAUGACAGUAUUUAAUGGAAUGUAUUGUAUUAUAUUUAAUGUAUACAUCAAUAACUUUGCAGGAAGAUGACAUUUCAGAAAAUCAAACCAAUAUAUAUUCAAAGAAAGGACCUCUUUCUUCAAAACUUACUAAUGGAUGAAGAAACCAGAUGCUUUCCUACGAUGGAAGAUGAAUUUUGCUUUAAACUUAAAAAAAAAAAAAAACUGAGUUUUUUUUUUUUGGCAGAUUUUUGCUGAAGGGACUGGUUAAGGUUGUCAACUUUGACCUUUUGAUAGUGGUUUUUAUGUACAGUCACCCCUAGGUAUCCACAGGAGAUUGGUUCCCAGAGCCCCCUCGGGUACAAAAGCCCAUUCGGAUGCUCAGUCCCAUAUAUAAAAUGGCAGCGUGCAGUUGGCCCUCUGUAUCCAUGGUUUCCACAUCCAUGGAUUCAAUCAAUCGUCAGUGUGGAACCUGCAGGUACAGAGGGCUGACUGUACCUAAAUAUAAGGAAGAAUAUACAGGCAUGCUUCCUUUUACUGUGCUUCACAGACUCUGUGGUUUUUUUUACAAAUUGAAGGUUUGUGGCAACCUUGCAUCAUCAGAUGAUGGUUAGCAUUUUUUGGCAAUAAAGUGUUUUUAAAUUAAGGUAUGUAUAUAUAUAUUUUUAGAUAUAAUGCUAUUGCACACUUAACAGGCUACAAUAUAGUGUAAACAUGACUUUUAGAUUCACUGGGAAACCAGAAAUUUCAUAUGACUCGCUUUAUUGUGAUAUUCUCUUUAGAUUGGUGCUCUGGUACUGAACCUGCGAUAUCUGUGUGUGUGUAUGUGUGUGAAUAAAUGCUAUAUUUUAAAGUUGACUUUUGGAUCAUAAGAAAUAUCUUACCAUGAUAUAAAUUCAUCUCCUAACCCAUGGUCAGUGGGAGAGUUAUUCUCUACUGAAUUAAGGGCAGAAAAAGGAGUAGAUUCUUUUUAGCUAAUUCCCCAAACCAAACAACCCUCCAAAGUCAAGAAUUCUGCCUGCUUCACAACACCUUAGGAGGCGGCUGUUCUUCAGCUGGAAUUGAACUUUGGUUGCUAGAGGCAACCCGCACAUCAGCACAAAGAAAUACACCUUGUGAUUCUGCCUUUGUGACUGAUUUUCUUUUCGAUCUUUGUUAAUAUUAUCUAAGUAAAAUGUUUAGGGGAAAGAACAGAACACAGUGCUGUUAGCUCAUACCUCCAUAAAAAGGUAUUCAUUAUGGGUUCAAAGGAACAGUGGCUGCUGUCUGCAGCCAGGAGGAAUCUGAAUUCAUGAGCUUGGAAUUAUAUGUCUAGUGAUUUUAUGAAAGUGACUUACAUUUUGAUACAUGCAUUCGUUACAGGUGGAAUUUGAAAUUGCUAUAAGUAAAAGAAAACUCUAACUUGUAGAAAUACAAACAUACUGACACUCAGGAAAGCAGAACACACUUCAGCUAAAGGUAUAAUGGGAGACCUUUGUCAUCCUAAAAGGUGAAUUACCUGUAGGUUUUUUCAUCAUUCUCUUUGGUGUAUAACUCUAAACAUUUUCUCAGGAAAGAUGCUUCAUGCCUUUCAAGGUAGAGUGUGAAACAUCUGUAUGAUCUAUGAAAUAUUUAAAGGUAUCUACAAAUGAGAUGAAGUAAUAUCUUUCUAAAUUCAGCAAAGUACUGUAAUCCUUGCAAUGUUGCGUAACUAUGUUUGUGAGUUUCAUACUUCUUGUUUUUAUUGCUUUGUAGUUUUUAAGGUGUAGUUACCUAAUAACAUUUAGGACACAGUCACCCUAUGCCAGGAACAAUUCUAAGUACUUCACCUGUAUUAAUUUCUUUAAUCCUCCCAGCAACCCUCAGAAAUAGGUCAUAUUAUUAUCCCUGUUCUUCAGAGGAGGAUACUGUCAUUGAUUAAGUAAUUUUCCUAACUGCUAACUACGGAGCGAACAUUUGAACCUUUGACUUGACUAUUGAUACUCCUACCUGGUGGUCUGAGACACCUCCCAGCUAUAGAAAUGUCUCUCUUUUUGCUACUUUAACAAACACAGCUUUUUUGUUGGCUUUCUGCACCACACCGUGGAUGACAGUCAGAAACAACACUUACUAAUCAGGUAAAUACUUUGCUGAGAUGAGUUGGCCUUUUGCUGUUGGUCUACCCUCGUGAGUACUUAGUACAGAAAAACUUCCUGCUAAAAAUCUGCUAAUUUUAUCAUUCAUGCCUUUAUGCCACAUUGAAGAUUUCUGGUAAUGCAUUUCCUGGCACAUGUGUAGGGGUGUUGGGAUCAUGAAUUCUGCUUUAAGCAUCUGCCUGUGGUAGGAGAUUUCACCUUUCACUUAGAGAUCCCUUAGGUUCCUCUUAUACCCCAACCAUCAUGCUGGGUUGUAAUAAAUGUGAGCUUUUGGAAUGGACCCAUCUAACUGACCUAACAGCCUGGAUGAUUUCCAUUAGAAUAAUGUAUUUUCAAAUCAAAAAUGGAAGGACACUGUUGAAUUUUAUUUGGGUUUCACUAUAUUCAUUUUUGAACACAGAAGUACAGUUCAAUGUAAUACAGGUAGGACCUGCUCAUGUGGUCUCCAGCUUCACUUUGGGAUGGUGUUUGGAUCUUUUGAGAAUAAGAAUAAGCAUCUUCAGAAGCCUAAAAAGAUCUGAACUCUUCAAAUACAAAAGUAUUGUUUUACUAACAUCAGUAGAUCAUUUAUAUGUCACGUAUGGAUUAUUUCCUAUCUCCUCAUCGUUUCGGCUUCAUCAUUUGAACUCUUCGUUUAAAUAAACACUUCUGAGUGAUAAAAAAUCAUUACAAUGGAGAAUGAAAUUUAUCAGUCUAAAACUAGUACCACACAGAAAAUACAAAAACAAAAACCUCAAUUGUAGUCAAA